AUAUCAUAUAUAUAUACAUACAUACACAUCCAUACCUACAUAGUCGCGUGUCGCUUGUCGCAUCUCGCCUGUCUCCUAUCGCCUAUCGCCUGGUCCCGUCGAGCAAUACGAAGAUAUAUGUGCAUACAUUCUUUAAAGGAAUACACUCAUUUUAUAAUAUAAUCGAACCGGAAAACACCUACUACUUAAACAAACAACAAAAAGAAAGUAUAUAGUCGAGCACCCAAUUCAAGGAACGCAAAAGUUCUACGGCUAACCUCUCGCCGGCAAACUUCUGAAAAAAUAAUAUAUACAUAUACAACAUACAACAUAUAAAAAGUCAAUACAGAAUCUUUAAUUGAUACACACACACAAUAGAUUUUCUCAAGUGUGCCAUCGCGAUGGCUGCUCCAGCAGCCUGUACGCGUUUUUCGGACAAUUACGACAUCAAGGAGGAGCUCGGAAAGGGUGCUUUUUCCAUAGUAAAAAGAUGUGUCCAAAAGUCAACAGGAUUCGAAUUUGCGGCCAAGAUUAUAAAUACCAAGAAGCUAACAGCAAGAGAUUUUCAAAAGCUGGAACGUGAAGCUAGAAUUUGUCGAAAGUUACAUCAUCCCAAUAUUGUUCGAUUGCAUGACAGCAUACAGGAGGAAAAUUAUCAUUACCUUGUUUUUGAUCUUGUAACUGGCGGUGAACUAUUCGAAGAUAUUGUGGCACGUGAAUUUUAUUCAGAGGCUGAUGCAUCACAUUGUAUACAGCAAAUAUUGGAAUCGGUCAAUCACUGCCAUCAGAACGGUGUUGUCCAUCGCGAUCUCAAACCAGAGAAUUUACUAUUAGCAAGUAAGGCAAAGGGUGCAGCUGUGAAACUCGCGGACUUUGGUCUAGCCAUUGAAGUGCAAGGUGAUCAUCAAGCCUGGUUUGGAUUUGCGGGCACUCCAGGGUAUUUGUCCCCGGAGGUAUUGAAGAAAGAGCCAUAUGGCAAAUCGGUAGAUAUAUGGGCAUGUGGCGUUAUACUCUACAUAUUAUUGGUUGGAUACCCCCCGUUCUGGGACGAGGAUCAGCACCGAUUGUAUUCGCAAAUAAAGGCUGGUGCCUACGAUUAUCCAUCACCCGAAUGGGACACUGUGACGCCCGAGGCAAAAAAUUUGAUUAACCAAAUGCUAACUGUUAAUCCAAAUAAGCGAAUAACUGCAGCUGAAGCACUUAAGCAUCCAUGGAUUUGCCAAAGGGAACGUGUGGCUUCUGUGGUGCAUCGCCAAGAAACUGUGGAUUGUCUCAAAAAAUUCAAUGCUCGUCGCAAGCUAAAGGGUGCUAUACUAACAACAAUGCUGGCAACUAGGAACUUUUCUAGCAGAAGCAUGAUCACUAAGAAGGGCGACGGUUCUCAAGUGAAGGAAUCAACUGAUUCAUCGAGCACAACUCUAGAGGACGAUGAUGUCAAAGAAGAUAAAAAAGGCAUCGUUGAUCGCAGUACCACAGUCAUAUCCAAAGACCCAGAAGAAAUAAGGAUUGUGUGUCCUGCAAAAACUUGCCAACAAAUGUCAGGAAACUCUUCGCAAUGCUCUUCAGCAGCCAGACGACAGGAAAUAAUUAAGAUCACAGAGCAACUGAUUGAAGCGAUCAACAGCGGGGACUUCGACGGAUAUACUAAGAUAUGUGAUCCGCAUUUAACUGCUUUCGAGCCAGAAGCAUUGGGCAAUUUGGUUGAAGGAAUCGACUUUCAUAAAUUCUAUUUUGAAAAUGUGCUAGGUAAAAAUUGCAAAGCCAUUAAUACAACAAUAUUAAAUCCCCACGUACAUCUAUUGGGGGAAGAAGCCGCUUGUAUCGCCUAUGUAAGACUUACACAGUAUAUCGAUAAGCAAGGACAUGCACACACCCAUCAAUCGGAGGAGACUCGCGUUUGGCAUAGGCGCGACAACAAAUGGCAGAAUGUUCACUUUCAUCGAAGCGCAUCUGGAAAGAUUAGCGGGGCAACGACUUUCGAUUUUAUACCACAAAAGUAGAUAGCGAUAUAGAGUGAGCGGAAAGAUUUCAAUGAUAAAGUGGGUCAAUGAACUUAUGUGUGUGUAUUAAAUUUUCAAGUAAGCAGCAUAGAUCUGAACCAAAAAUAUGAAGAGAUUAUGGAACACUUACGCUUUUUCCCCAUAUUAUUUUUGUACACUCCAUUUCAAUUCAAUUCGAAAAAAGAAGAAUAUAAAUUUAUGUAAUAUCUAUUUUCAAAAUAUAUUGAGCGUAUGUGUAAGCCGAAAUAUUUGCGAGUACGUACUGCAUAAAACAAAAAACAACAACAAAACAAAUAGAAUGUUAUUAAUAAUAUGUUCAGGUAUAAACAAAGAAUUUCACUAUCCAAAAAAAAGAUAUAUGGAAAAGAGUAAAAACGAAUUACAAUUUGUGCCCAAAUAUCAAGAAGAAAGGGGGAAAAAGA